GACGUCGCAUUAGCAUGAGCGACGCAAGUGGCCGGGGCACCACUUGGGGGCCGAGACUCGGCGCGUCACAGCCCCGAGUGGAAGGGAAAAAAAGAGGAGGCGGCGGCUGCGGUGGAGGCCGGAGCCAGCGCGAGGGAGGGGGUUUGGCGGCUGGGCGAGCGAGAGCCCAGCAGCAACGAGAUAUCCCGCGCGCCGGGUCCUGGGCGCCCCCUCUCUGCGCGCCCACCUUCCCGGCUGCACCUGAGCGCGGCGCGGCGAGGCCCUGAUCGGCCCAGAGCAGCGGCAGCGCUUCGCUGGACGAGUCCUUGCCUUUGCCUGGGCGCCGGACAUGAGCCCCGCCACCACCUGAGGCGCAGGGGGCGCUGCGCGGCGAGUACCGCGUCCCUGGGAUCCCCGUCUCGGCACUGCGGGGCGCCCCCACGGACCCAGGCGGAGGCAUCUGCAUACGAACAGCACCCCAGGGGUAUGGAGCCCGAGGCGUCCGCGGGCCAGGCCCGGGCCGCGGCGACGAAGCUGUCGGAAGCGGUGGGCGCGGCGCUGCAGGAGCCCCGGCGGCAGCGGCGCCUGGUGCUGGUCAUCGUGUGCGUGGCGCUGCUGCUGGACAACAUGCUGUACAUGGUCAUCGUGCCCAUCGUGCCAGACUACAUCGCCCAAAUGCGCGGGAGCAGUGACAGCGCCACCCCGGCCACCGAAAGCUGGACGCCCACCCCUCUGCCACCCACCGCGGCCAAUGCCUCCGUGGCCAACACCUCGGCGGCCCCGAUGGCUGCGAGCCCAGCUUGGCCGGCCCUGCGGCCCCGCUACCCCACGGAGAGCGAGGACGUGAAGAUCGGGGUGCUGUUCGCGUCCAAGGCCAUCCUGCAGCUGCUGGUAAACCCACUGAGCGGGCCUUUCAUCGACCGCAUGAGCUACGACGUACCGCUGCUCAUCGGGCUGGGCGUCAUGUUCGCCUCUACGGUCCUGUUCGCCUUCGCCGAGGACUACGCCAUGCUCUUCACCGCGCGCAGCCUGCAGGGCCUGGGCUCGGCCUUCGCCGACACAUCCGGCAUCGCCAUGAUCGCCGACAAGUACCCCGAGGAGCCCGAGCGCAGCCGUGCGCUGGGCGUGGCCCUGGCCUUCAUCAGCUUCGGGAGCCUGGUGGCACCGCCCUUCGGGGGCAUCCUCUAUGAGUUCGCUGGCAAGCGCGUGCCUUUUCUGGUGCUCGCGGCCGUGUCGCUCCUCGACGCGCUCCUGCUGCUGGUGGUGGCCAAGCCUUUCUCGGCCGCAGCUCGAGCGCGGGCCAACCUGCCGGUGGGCACGCCUAUCCACCGCCUCAUGCUAGACCCCUACAUCGCCGUGGUGGCAGGCGCUCUCACCACCUGCAAUAUCCCCUUCGCCUUCCUGGAGCCCACCAUCGCUACGUGGAUGAAGCACACCCUGGCGGCGUCCGAGUGGGAAAUGGGCAUGGUCUGGCUGCCGGCCUUUGUGCCGCACGUACUGGGCGUCUACCUCAUCGUGCGCCUGGCAGCGCGCUACCCGCACCUGCAGUGGCUCUACGGCGCGCUCGGGCUGGCGGUGAUUGGCGCCAGCUCUUGCCUCGUGCCUGCCUGCCGCUCGUUCUCGCCGCUGGUGGUCUCACUUUGCGGCCUCUCCUUUGGCAUCGCGCUGGUCGACACUGCGCUGCUGCCCACGCUUGCCUUCCUGGUGGACGUGCGCCACGUCUCAGUCUACGGCAGCGUCUAUGCCAUCGCUGACAUCUCCUACUCCGUGGCCUACGCUCUCGGGCCCAUAGUAGCCGGCCACAUCGUGCACUCGCUAGGCUUUGAGCAGCUCAGCCUGGGGAUGGGCCUGGCCAACCUGCUCUAUGCGCCCGUCCUGCUGCUCCUGCGCAACGUGGGCCUCCUGACACACUCCCGCUCUGAGCGCGAUGUGCUGCUAGAUGAGGCACCGCAGGGCCUGUAUGACGCCGUGUGCCUGCGUGAGCGCACCGCGCCGAAUGAAGACGGCGAGCCUGGCAGCCCGCCUGGCCCUUUCGACAGGUGCGAGGACGACUACAACUACUACUAUACCCGCAGCUAGCAGGCCCGCUCUUUCUCCAGGCCACCCACCCUCCUCCUUUGGGUCCAGAUGGCUUCACUUCUAGCGCCAACUCAGGCUCAGGGCCCCCCACCCCCGCGAGCACCCCAGUACCACUUCAGUCCAGUCUUCACUCGCCCACAGCCCCUCUCCAGGACUCCCCCUAUUUCUUCUCUCUUGCUCUCCCCCGCCCCCAACCUCGUCCGAAGAGACACGCAGAGCCUUGGAGACCCUGAAGCCAUUGCACCCUGGGCAGAGGGGAAUUGGUGUUCGGGCCAACCAAGAAGCUGCCCAGGGUAGAGCCACAUGUCUGUCUUCCCUUGCGUUCCUCCCAGUGCCAAACUCCUCGUGUCGCACCGCGGUGCCUCGGCCCGAAUUAAUAAACUGUUUGU